UUCUUAACCUAGGAAAUGGAAUAAGACAGACAACUGGAGCCCAGAGUGGAUUCUUUUCUGGAGCGUCUGCCUCGACUCACUACAUUUCCCAAAUUGCACUGCUGCGCAGCCGCGAGGCUCCUGGUCGCUGCCGUCGCUCCCUGCGUGCGAGUGCCCGCGGUGAACUGGUCCAGCAUCCCUGCGCAGGCGAUGGGGCGAACGUAGAUGGUGGAGGGGGGGGGGGGGAAACACGUUGAUCAUUAAUAACAGAAUUAACUUAGUGCGAUCGUGGAAUAAGUUUUGUAUCGGCGCUGGCAGCUUGCGAUGAGGGAAGGGAAACGCGACAGUCGGGAUUUUGUGUUGCGCCGCCGCGGAGCACGGACCGUUAUAUUGGGAGAAAUAAUGCGGAAUAUUUCCCCCCGUAGGUGUUAACGCAGACAAAUACAAGAUGAAGAAGCAGUUCAAUCGGAUGCGACAGCUCGCCAACCAAACGGUGGGAAGGGCAGAAAAAACAGAGGUGUUGAGCGACGACCUCCUGCAGGUGGAGAAGCGUCUGGAUCUGGUCAAGCAGGUGACACACAGCACUCACAAGAAGCUCACUGCCUGCCUGCAGGGUCAGCAGGGCACUGAUGUGGAGAAGAGGUCUGUCAAGUCACCGUCUAAAAAACUACCACUCGCAAUCCUGGCACAAUGCAUGGUAGAAGGGGCUGCAGUUUUGGGAGAUGACUCCCUCCUGGGGAAGAUGCUGCAGAUGUGCGGGGAGACAGAGGAGAAGCUGGCGCAGGAGCUCAUCCAGUUUGAGUUCCAGAUAGAGAGAGAUGUGGUGGAGCCGCUCUAUGUUCUCGCUGAGGUGGACAUUCCCAACAUCCAGAAACAGAGGAAGCACUUAGCUAAACUUGUCUUGGACAUGGACUCGGCACGGGCUAGAUUUCAUCAGUCGUCCAAGUCAUCCAGUCACCCGAGCACUCUGCAGCCCGGCGCCAAGUCCGAGUCCCUCAGAGAGGAGAUGGAGGAGGCAGCCAAUCGCAUGGAGAUUUGUAGGGAUCAGUUAUCAGCAGAUAUGUACAAUUUUGUGGCCAAAGAAAUAGACUAUGCAAAUUAUUUCCAGACACUGAUAGAAACACAGGCAGAAUAUCACAGGAAGUCAUUAGAGAUUCUUCACAGUGUCCUGCCCCAGAUUAAAGCUCACCAAGAGGCGUGGGUGGAGAAGCCGUCGUUUGGCAAGUCUCUGGAGGAACACCUGAAUAUUAGUGGCAGAGAGAUCGCCUUCCCCAUCGAAGCCUGUGUCACCAUGCUGUUGGAGUGUGGCAUGCAAGAGGAGGGCCUCUUCAGAGUGGCUCCGUCAGCCUCCAAGCUGAAGAAGCUGAAAGCCUCCCUGGACUGCGGGGUUAUGGAUGUGCAGGAGUACUCCUGUGACCCACACGCCAUCGCAGGGGCUCUGAAAUCAUACCUCCGUGAGCUCCCCGAGCCAUUGAUGACCACUGAACUUUACGAUGAAUGGAUUCAGGCCUCCAACAUUCAAGAUAUGGACAAGAGACUCCAAGCGUUAAUGGCCGCGUGUGAAAAACUCCCCACAGACAACUUGAACAAUUUUAGGUAUCUAAUCAAAUUCUUAGCCAAGCUAAGUGAGUAUCAAGACGCAAAUAAGAUGAGCCCUGGUAACAUGGCAAUCGUCCUCGGCCCUAACUUGCUCUGGACUCAUACUGAACCAAACAUGACGGAGAUGAUGACCACCGUGUCUCUACAGAUUGUUGGCAUCAUUGAGCCCAUCAUCCAGCAUGCUGACUGGUUCUUCCCUGGAGAGAUUGAAUUCAACCUGACGGGCAGCUAUGGCAGCCCGAUCCACACCAACCACAACUCCAACUACAGUUCCAUGCCCUCGCCGGACAUGGACCAAUCGGAGCGCAAGCAGCCGCACGACCAGAGCCGACGCCCACUGAGUGUUGCCACUGACAACAUGAUGCUGGAGUUUUACAAGAAGGAUGGCAUUAGGAAGAUUCAAAGUAUGGGCGUCCGGGUUAUGGAUACCUCCUGGGUGUCUCGCAAGGGUUCAUCCACACUGGUGCGGAAGACUUCCUCCACCCCUCCGGGCAUGCAGGGCCCCGGCUCUCCUGCAGACACACUCAUCCCCGAGCAGCCCGGAGAGCUCACCACCUCCCCGUCCGCGACACCGCCACCAGGAGAAAGGUUCUGCUCAGACAACGUGUCGCCCAAUCGGCCGGACACCUCUCAUGCCCACCCACCCCCCGGGGAGGACCGGCCACCCCCUCCUUACCCCACCUCCUCGUGCCACUCUCUCCCCCACCACUUCUAUCCCAAACCCCCACCCUGCGCUCGCCCCGUGGCACCGGGUCCAGAAUCCCAGCCCCCCGCCUCCCCCCCUCCCCCAAUGCGCUGGUCUGGCUUCACUCCCCCGGCCCCGCCCCCUUCCUCCUCUUCUUCCUCCUCCUCCUCGUCACUCGACAUCAAUUCGAACCCCAAACCCAGCUGCCUGCACUUUUCCAAGCACAGUCCGCCUGGUGACAUGUCGCAUGCGCCCCCACCAGACAUUAAUGCUUCACCACUCUACAUCAAAACCCCCUUGGUACUAACUCGCCAUGACCAGUCCUUUGGCAACCCCCCUAGCCUCCCUUCGUCCGCACCCCCGCCCCCGCCGUGGGCUGCCUGUCCAUGUGCCCGAGAGAGAGGACCCCCCAGGCUGACUAGUUCAUUGAAGAGCAAAGAGCUCUCCCCUGUAAUUGGACACAAAGGCAUCCAGGUGGCAGGUCCAACAGUCCCACCCAGCAGCAGUCCUCAGAGCAGCAGCCAGUCUCCACACUCCACAGAGCACAGUCCACACACCCUGCGCAAAGGUUCCAAGAAGUUGGCCCCUGUCCCCCCCAAGGUCCCCUAUGGCCAGUCUGGCGGGAUGUCCGACCAGUCCACAGGUCAGCCGUCACCGGUCAGCCUGUCUCCCACACCACCUAGCACCCCCUCCCCUUAUGGACUGGUCUGCCCUCCAGGGCAAGUGCCCCCAUCCUCCCCUGGGCAAACCCCACUGGGAGCGCCCCACUCCCUUUCAUCCCCUCCCUCCCUGACUGGAACGCUAACCAAAUCUCGGCCCACCCCUAAGCCCAGGCAGAGACCCAGCCUGCCCCCUCCUCAGCCGCCCACAGCCCCUCCUGGGUUCAUUGGCUCGGCCAUGGCCCCAGUUCCCCAGCCCCUGGAGCAGGGCCUCCUGGAUGGACUUUCCCCCGGGGAAAGCAUGUCUACAGAUAUCUUCAAUUAUGAAAUCCCCUCCAUCAAUGUCAAUCUGGACAGCCUCAUCGAUGAGUUCAGCGGUGCCCCCUGCAGGAGGUCCCUGGCAGUUGCAGACUCUCCAGAGGGAGACGCUGUGCCUGAGGAGGAGCCCCAGAGCACCACUCUAUGACCUAUGACCCUAAGGCAUCACAGCUUACCAGCACUCCUCUGACUGUACAUACUCUUAACUGUCGCCGCCAAGGCCUGAUGGAAACACCAAUUGGCCUCAUCAAUGCCCACCUGAAACCAGAACUCAAACCCUCCCUCACAUCUGCUACAGGCUGCAAAGAAACUCAUCUCACAGUUGCUCGCUAGUACUUAAAUGUGACAAAAAAAGAAAUAAACACCAAAAUGCCAUAGUGGAGGAACAGUUGCCUUUAGGAGGAAAGUCUGGAACAUAGAUGAGUAUUACACUGAAAGAUUAUUUUGAAUUGUUUCUUUUUGCUUUGUUCUUUGUCUUUGUGGUUUGAUGCAGUGAUCUGAAUUUGUUGUGCAUUUGUUUAAUUUAUUUCUUUCUUUUUUUUGCCUUAUUAGAACAUGCAAUCAAAUUGCAAUAUGAUAUUCAUGAGUUGUACAGCUUUUGGUUAGGGAAUCUCAGAGCCUGACGUGGUUAGGAGCAAUGCCCAUCCUCAGGGUGAAACAGAGAGACGGAGUGAGAGAGUAAUGUGGUUAUAUUGCUCACAGGGUAUUCAAGCGUUGUGCACAUUAGAGACAUGCUGAAGCCGGCAAAGUUUCGCAUGCAAGACGAUACAUUUAACUUUGAUUCUUAAUCGUCACAUCCGGUUUUAUUUCAGCCCCCUCUUCUAUCACAUAUUACUCACUUUACUUCACCUUAAACCAGCACAGUAUAAGAAGAAUGUUAUUGUAAAUUUAAAGUUUAUGAGCUCGAGCAUCUGUUAAUUAAUUUAGAAAAAGAAAAAAGCACCAAUAUGUGUUUGCAUGACAAGCCAAUGCCAUCGAACUGCUUUGGAUCAAGGGCCUAAAAAUAGCAGUGUUUUAAUUUUGUGUGAGUGUUUUCGUUGUUGUCGUCGUCCUUGGAAAGUUAACUUAGAUCAAUCAUGUGCAGUUACAGUUUGAUGAUAAAGGAUGGAUGACUACACUGCCUUUAGGUUCACAUGAUUCUCUCUCUCUUAACCUUGUUUCAAGUGCUUCAGGUUCAGUGACCUUUGACCCCUUGUGUAAAUACAAAGAAAUGUACAUAAAUUGAUGUAUAUAAAUCUGAGAGGAAAAGUAUAUGUAAAAUGCAUAUCUUGAAUAUAUAUAUAUAUAAUGAUAAUAUAUGUGCUGAUAUUUAUCUGGUGUAGAAAAUGUAAUGAUUCAAAGUUUGAUGUUAUUUUUGUCCCUGCACACGAUGAACAGGUGUAUUGUAGAUUCAUGAUCUUUCACUUAACACCAGGUGACACCUAUGCUGCAGCAGAAAUGCAGAAUUUCGUUCCUGCGAGAAAUUAAUAUGCGGUCUUUCUAAUUCUGCCUCCUGAGCUUUGACCUCAGAAAUGCUAGAGUGCUAAUGAAUUACACACCAAUGCCCUAUCUUCUCUUAUUUUUUAAUCAGUUACUUCUUUGUAAAUAAUUUGAUUACUUUGAGCCCGCUUGGACCUUUUAAUUAAUUUAUAAUGAGGCCAAAGCCUUUGUGUAGGACGGACUAUAACCAAUUAGAAAUCAGAAAAGCUAAUGUGUUGUCACAUUCGGCACACCCGCUGUUACACUUUCUAAAUUUAAAAGAAGGCUGGUAUUCUCCUUUUGUCUGUAUCCUCGUCGCAGAUAAUUAGUCAGACAAAUUUGGAAUCCAUCCGACAACAGAUGCUGCAGUGUCACUUUUUUUGAUUUCCUACGGAAUGUCUUAGGACAAUAAUUUUGUCAAUUUAAGUGCAAUUACAGUGUUUACUGAUCCACCUCAGUCCAAAAAAGUGGUCAAAGUCACCCUCCCCCAAACUCAGAAAAAAAGCCAUUUAUUUUAUUGCAAAGCAAAUCUUUUUUUUGAAACCUUAUUUUGUGUGUGUGAGUUAUCUGCUUACUAAAUGAAUUAUAGAUUAACCUUUCUCUCUCUCUCAAAAAGUGAUCCAUGGUAUGCCUCAGUGUGUGUUCUCAAUUGACUACAUUUAUGAAGAUUUUGGUGAUGUUGAUAAUUAUGUUGAUAGCUGUGGUGAUUAUAUGACAAACAAUUGCAAGUGCCCUCACUUGGUUGUUAUUUUGGAACUAUAGGCAUAGUCAAUGUGUGCUUGAGGUUUAAUUGUCUGUGCUGGAUCCAUAGAUUUAUUCGCGGAAGCAGGGGUAUCUGUGAAUAUGACUCACUCGGAUAUCAAACCGUAGGGUAGGUUUUGUAUCAACUAACAGGAUGAAUGGGAGCUAUUUUUUGGAUGAAGGGUUAAUAAGGGCCUGUUGGCAUGUAUUAUUAUCAGUACAGGGCAGUAUUACUGUAAUGCUUUUGUGCAUCAUAACUGGAACUUACAGCCACCUAAAAGCAUGCAUUCAUAUUCAUUAUCGGUGUGAUUAUUAUGCUGCUGAAGAGGAUGAAAAAGAAAAAGUCUGUAUCCUUCCCCAAAACACACAAGUCAUAAUUUCAUCGCAUAUCUUAAUUUCAGUCAGUGAAUUGACUUAACGGCAGUUUUCAAGUGCAUAUUCAUAGGAGUCGCGUUUUGCACCUAAUAGUAGAGUACAUUGUUAUGUAGUAUUAUCAAGCAUUUUGAAUGCUGUAGGCCUAUAUUUCCUAUGUCACCUCACCACCAAGUGUGUUGGUCUAAAAGUAAAGCUCAAUUUGUUUACAUUUUGUGGGGGGGAGGGAAUUUUAAAUGAGUAGAGAACGGGAAGAAAAAAAAGGAAAAUCUGAAAAAAGUGUCAUGCAUGCGCUUAGAUAGUCUUUUGAUAAUCCACGUUUUGUGUCAAUCACUGUCUUUUUAGGGAUUGUACGAGGGGUAAUGAAUAUGAUGUGGUGAUGAACUCGAGAGAAUGUGGAUCACGAUGGAUGGUUCUUCGUGGGGUUUUGAGCAAUAUACGGUAGAGGAGUGGACGUUGCCUGUGGAUUUACUGCCUCCUUCUGCUUUCACUACUAGUGUACAAACAGAACCUGCCGCUUGUCAAACCCACCAUGCCCACCCCUCCCUCCUCUGCUUAGCAUAUCAAGUGGAACACAGUGUGUACUGUGAAGCCUACCUGCAAUCCUUAUCAGAAUGUCAGAAAUAAAUAUAUAUAUUAAACUCUACAUUUUUAAUAAUC